UGCUGAAGCUGGCGUGCCAGCCGGACUGGGAGUUGAACUUGCAACUCGUGAACCAGAGGGACUGAAGAAGAGGCAAAGGAGCGCUUCUUCUCACCACUCCCAGCCUCAACCUUGGAGGAUGAGGCUCCUCGGGAAACUCCGCGCCUCGGCCGCCGGCAGCGCGGCUCUGGAGCCUGUCUUCUCCAACGUGCUCACCCCCGACCGCAUCCCCAAGUUCUGCAUUCCGCCGCGGCUGCCCGCGCCCUGCACGUCCGAGUCCCCGACGCCGGCCGCCACCUUGCCCCGGCGGUGCGCGGCGGAGCCGGACUUGUGGCACCGAGGAGCCGACGACGGGGCGGGGCGCACGGACUGGGACCCGCGUUCGCAGGCCGCCCUCUCGCUGCCGCACCUGCCCCGCGCGCGCACUGCCUACGGCUUCUGCGCGCUGCUCGAGAGCCCGCACACCCGCCGCAAGGAGUCGCUGUUCCUCGGGGGCCCGGGCGCCGCCGACCUCUUGACGGCGCCCCGCCCCCGGGCCCGCACCUACGGCGGCGGCGGCGGCGUUGUUGGAGGCAGGAACGCCCCCCUCCCGCCCCCAGGAGGAUCCCCGGACGCCUCCGCGGAGGCUCGCGGCAAACCCCGCCCGCCCCGGGACGAGCUCGCCCGGAGGCCCAGCGGCCGUCGCUUCCUGCGCGCCUCCGAGGGGCUGCUGCGCCGCGCGCUGUGGGCCCGGAGGAGCUGCAGCCUGGCCCGCGCGCGCUCCGUCUCCAGCGGGGACGAGGACGACAACGAGGACGACAACGAGGACGACGAGCGCCGCACCGACUCUGAGCCCCCGAUCCCGGCCCUCACUGCGUCCCCUCCGUCGCCCCCCGGCCCGCGGCCCGAGCGCCUGGAGGCCGAGGGCACCGUGGCUCUGGGCCGCGCCGGCGGCGCCCUGCGCCUGGCCGCCGAGUACAGUCGGGCCGGCGGGCGCCUCCGCGUCCGGCUGCUCCCCGCCGAGGGCCCGGCCGGAGGGGCCGCCGAGCUCCGCGCCCCCGUCGGCUGCCGCGUCAGCUUCGUCUUGCAGCCGCCGGGCCAGACGCGCCGGCCGCGCGGCGCCGUGGUCCGGCGGAGCCGCCGCGCCGUCUUGGAGCAGGACUUGUGCUUGGACGGGCUGACGGAGGACGAGGUGCGCCGCCUGGCCGUGCGCGUCAAGGCCGAGAACCGGGGCCGCCUGCUGGGCCGCGGCGAGCUGCUGCUGGGCCCCCUCCUGCCCCUCUGAGGGCGCGCCUGCGCCUGGGGCCUCCCGGACACUGACGGCCGCUUUGUACAAAAUAAAUGUUAUUUAUUCAUUUUUCUAA